AAGAGCAUAUAAAUAAAAGGGGAAGAAAGUGCUCAGUGCAUCAUGGGACAUCCCUCAGCAGUCCAAGUCUGUUUCAUUUUUCCAAUCAAGCAAAGCUUUCUACAUCAGUCUUUGAUUAUGUGAAAUUAAAUCAGAAGAUUUAUUGCAUAUCGCUAGGUUUAAAGGUUAUUUUUUCUAAUUUUAUUUUAUAAACUACAGACAGCUUACUGCUGCUAUUGGCUCAGGACGUUUGCACAGGUGUCCUGUGUUUCUAUGCAAAUCAGCAUGAUCAUACCAUGGAGUGUUUACCAGAGCCACCUGCUCAUUUGACUGUGGUUUGUCGUCACUCCCUUCUACUAAAAAUAAUGAGAGAAGCUGGACGAUUAAGUUCUCGUCAUGUGGAAGAAUAGAUUUGAUAUUUAUGUUUGCAAUGCAGAGCAUAUCUGGAGAAAUAGCAGCUGAUGUGGUGAACACGAGGAUGAGGAACGACUGCUUGUUCUGAUCAAAAGAAAUCGGAGCUUAUUAACUUUGGUCAUCUUCCUUACAUAACCGGUUGGAGAGCUCGUCGGGUUGGUUGAGCGUUUGACGUUACAUCGUGACGACGUGUGAAUGUUGGAUUCAGUGGGUCCUCUGUAUUUCCAUCAAGGAUGGAGGAAGACUCCAUAACCAUGAGACAAGCCGAUUCUUCCCUCAGUGUGUCUGAUGCCUGUGUGAUGCGGCAGGAAGGGAAACGCUCUCCCUCCGCCUCCGUGCACAACCAGUGAGUCCAAGAUGCGGUUUUUUGGCGGCAUCAGUCGCUAAUUGAAGCUGUUCUGACUUCUGGAGGAGGAGGAAUCGUUUUAUUGGAGAGGUAACACUCCGGUUAGGCAUGGCAGGCGCGAAACUGACACCCUCGCCUUCGGAGAUUGACCCAGACGUCAAGACUGAUGCGCAGAAAACCCCAGAGCCCACCUGGGUCAAUCCCUCCAAUCCUCUCCGGACCAUGGGCUCUUUUGGAAGCGAUGCCGGUCAAAGGUAUCAGGAGGAGUACAGUAUGGACUCAACCAAUGCUCAGGUGCAGGUAGAGUUCUAUGUGAAUGAAAACACCUUCAAGGAGAGGCUGAAGCUUUUCUUCAUCAAAAACCAAAGGUCAAGCCUGAGAAUACGUUUGUUCAACUUCGCAUUGAAGAUUCUCACCUGUGCCCUUUACAUAGUGAGAGUCAGCCUGGACAACCCCAAUAAGGAAAACCCAUGUGUAAUAUGUCAGAACAGCAGUGUACGUAACACAACAGAGUCGCCAGAAAUCAACUGGAAGCUGAUUUUCUGUGUGGACAGACGUGAGCCUGUAUGGGCAAUACAGGUGACAGUGGCCUUAAUCAGUUUCUUGGAGACUAUGCUUAUCACAUAUCUCAGCUACAAGGGGAACAUUUGGGAGCAGAUCUUCCAGAUAUCCUUCAUAUUGGAGAUGAUCAAUACAGUGCCAUUUAUAAUCACAAUCUUCUGGGCUCCAUUAAGAAACAUAUUUGUCCCUGUAUUUCUUAACUGCUGGCUUGCCAAAGGCGCGCUGGAAAACAUGAUUAAUGAUUUCCAUCGUGCCAUCCAGAGGACACACUCUGCCAUGUUCAACCAGGUGUUCAUCCUCAUCUGCACCUUACUGUGUCUGGUUUUCACUGGAGCCUGUGGGAUCCAGCACCUUGAGAGAGCCGGGAAGAACCUGUCCUUGUUUGACUCAUUUUAUUUCUGCAUCGUCACCUUCUCCACUGUGGGCUACGGGGACGUCACACCACAGAUCUGGCCAUCCCAGCUGCUGGUGGUCAUCCUUAUCUGUGUGGCUCUGGUAGUCCUCCCACUCCAGUUUGAGGAGCUAGCGUACCUAUGGAUGGAGAGCCAGAAGCUGGGGGGGAACUACAGCCGCCAUCGGGCGCAGACAGAGAAACAUGUGGUGUUGUGCGUCAGCUCGCUCAAGAUAGACCUUCUAAUGGACUUCCUCAAUGAGUUCUACGCUCAUCCCAGACUACAGGACUACUACGUUGUGAUACUGUGUCCAACAGAGAUAGAUAUUCAGGUUCGUCGUAUCCUCCAGAUCCCUCUGUGGUCCCAGAGGGUUAUCUACCUGCAAGGGUCUGCCCUCAAAGACCAGGACCUGAUGAGAGCCAAGAUGGACGAUGCUGAGGCCUGCUUCAUCCUCAGCAGCAGGAACGAAGUCGACCGAACUGCUGCUGAUCAUCAAACUAUUUUGAGAGCAUGGGCUGCAAAGGACUUUGCUCCGAACUGCCCUCUCUACGUCCAGAUUCUCAAACCAGAGAAUAAAUUUCACGUCAAGUUUGCUGAUCAUGUGGUGUGUGAAGAAGAGUUUAAGUAUGCCAUGUUGGCGCUCAACUGUGUGUGUCCGGCCACGUCCACACUGGUCACUCUUCUGGUUCACACCUCCAGAGGACAGGAGGGGCAGAUGUCACCGGAGCAGUGGCAGAGGACGUAUGGACGCUGCUCUGGAAACGAGGUCUACCACAUCCGUUUAUGUGACAGCAAAUUUUUCGGGGAGUAUGAUGGAAAGAGCUUUACCUACGCCUCCUUCCAUGCCCACAAGAAGUAUGGUGUGUGUUUGAUCGGAGUGAAGAGGGAGGACAAUAAGAGCAUCCUCCUGAAUCCUGGACCCCGCCACAUCAUGGCUGCCACUGACACCUGCUACUACAUCAACAUCACCAAGGAGGAGAACUCAGCUUUCAUCUUCAAGCAAGAGGAGAAGCACAACAAGGGUCUCUCCGUCACCGGCCUCUACGACGCCCCCUCCAGGCUGCCUGUGCACAGCAUCAUCGCCAGCAUGGUUGAUCAGGCCACUUCAUUUGGUACUGUAGCUAUAGAUCUCCAGCAUCCUGAUCCUCCCGAGGAAACCAGCAAACUGACCUUGCCAACAGAGAACGGUGCUGGAAGCCGCAGGCCAAGCAUCGCACCAGUCCUGGAAAUCGCUGACUCCUCUGCCAUUCUGCCCUGCGACCUCCUCAGCGACCAAUCAGAGGAUGAAACCAACCAAUCAGAUGAGGAGGGCUCUGUAGGGUCAGAUUUUGUGAAGGGCUACCCCCCAAACUCACCGUAUAUCGGCAGUUCUCCAACUCUGUGCCACCUCCUACCACAGAAAGCUCCAUUUUGCUGCCUUCGUCUUGAUAAGGGCUGCACACAUAACAGCUUUGAGGAUGCCAAGGCGUAUGGCUUCAAGAAUAAGCUGAUUAUAGUGUCUGCAGAAACUGCGGGAAAUGGUCUCUACAACUUCAUAGUCCCUCUGCGAGCUUAUUAUCGGCCCAGGAAGGAGCUCAACCCCAUAGUGCUGUUGCUGGACUACCCACCAGACAACCACUUCUUAGAGGCCAUUUGCUGCUUUCCAAUGGUUUACUUCAUGGCAGGAACUAUUGAUAACUUGGACAACCUGCUCCAGUGUGGUAUAAUCUAUGCCGACAACUUGGUGGUUGUGGACAAGGAGAGCACCAUGAGCGCAGAGGAAGACUACAUGGCAGACGCCAAAACCAUUGUUAAUGUCCAGACCAUGUUCAGAUUGUUCCCCAGUCUCAGCAUCAUCACUGAGCUCACACACCCAUCCAACAUGAGGUUCAUGCAGUUCAGAGCAAAGGACUGCUACUCACUCGCUCUCUCCAAACUAGAGAAGAUAGAGCGGGAUAAGGGCUCCAACCUGGCCUUCAUGUUCAGGCUGCCAUUUGCUGCAGGCAGGGUGUUCAGUAUCAGCAUGCUCGAUACACUGCUUUACCAGUCGUUUGUUAAGGACUACAUGAUCGCCAUCGCACGGCUUCUUCUUGGUCUGGACACAACGCCCGGCUCUGGUUACCUGUGUGUUAUGAAGAUCACAGAGGAGGAUCUGUGGAUCAGAACUUAUGGUAGACUCUUCCAGAAAUUUUGCUCCUCCAGCGCUGAGAUCCCCAUCGGGAUCUACCGCACAGAGUCCCACAUGUUCUCAACGUCAGAGGGCAAGGACAGUAACGCACAGUCUCAGGUGUCGGUUAACGUGGAUCAGGGCGUGGAACACCGCGAGCGCGGAGAGUCCUGGAAGGAGAAAACAGCCCACAGAAACUCCACCACAAGCGACCAAUCAGAACACCCGCUGCUGAGGAAGAAGAGCAUGCAGUGGGCUCGAAGGCUGAGCAGGAAGAGCGCCAAACCGGCGAGCAGAGCAGAGCGCAUCUCGCAGCAGAGACUCAACCUGUAUCAGCGAUCCGAGCGGCAGGAGCUGUCUGAGCUGGUCAAGAAUCGCAUGAAGCACCUGGGCCUGCCCACCGUGGGAUACGAGGAUGUUUCUAAUCUCACUGCGAGCGAUGUCAUGAAUCGAGUAAAUCUAGGAUAUUUACAAGAGUUGCAGGACAUUUCAGAGCACCCGUAUACAGAGGGGACCAGGCUGUCAGGGCCACAAGCAGACGAAAUGAACGACCACCAGAACACCCUGUCCUACGUCCUCAUCAAUCCCCCUCCUGACACCAUGUUGGAGCUCCAUGACAUCGUGUACAUUAUCCGGUCUGACCCACUCGCACACAUGCCAGAAGACUCACAAGUAGGGCAGGCUCGCAGCACCAAGAACCAGCAGGACUUUGGCACACAGUCAAAAGACGAGACUCAUCUCUGAAACGACCUCAGUGCCGGAAGUCACGACCUUUAACCUCGAAGCCACGUCUGGACCCACAGGGCUGGUGUGUGUGUUUCACACAGCUGAAGGAUAGACUCAAGCUCAGAACAGCUGUUUACAGAGGAUCUGCAUUAGGCGUCUCUCAGCCUCAGACCACAAUCUAUCUCCAUCUUAAAAGACGACCAGAGAGACCUGAUGUUUCCCUCUGAGCUGCUACAGGAGGAUGAAUGAAGAGUGCCUCGUUCUCGACCACAACCCCCCCCAAACACCUGCCACAUUAAGACGUGUCAGCCUCACGAAAAAAUCUGAAACUAAGAACCUAAAACAUCUUCCUCUUCCCAACCUAAGAACAGAUAUAAGAACUGUGUCGAGACAUAUAUAUAUAUAUAUAACAGUUUAAGAAGGUCUCAUUUACGCGAUAUCAGAUGAUCAUUUCACUAAGCAUGUUUAGCAAAGGGGUGAAGCGGCCCUCAUGCCAUGACUUUACACCCGUUUUUACCAACAUUUGGAAAAAAAAAAAUUAGGGCAACUACACCCUCAUUUUUAUUCUUCACAUCCUGCAAAACCUGUUUCCAAAA